AUGGAGAGCCGUUAUGUUCGGGGCGCCUACGCCAUGGGUCCGAGGAUUCAGGCCCAGCGGCGUGAGGUCGUGCGGACGACAACCUCGACUCUUGGUUUUAAGGUUCCGUCGCGGAUUCUUGCUGUGCGAGCAGAGGAGACGGAUUGCACAGACCCGCAAUUCUGCACAAAACCCGUUGGCGCGUCGACGAGUACCCUGGCUAUCGUGCUGGGCAUUGUUCUUCCUCUCGUGGUAGCGGUCACUGUUCUGCUUUAUCUCCAUCGGAGGAACGUCAAGAAGCAGCGGGCAGAGGAUCUCCGUGACCCACACAAGUCGCUUGAUUUUGGGUUAGACGGGUCAGGCCUCGCCAAAGGGUCUCGCAAGAGCCUCAUUAGCAGGGAGAAGGGCGGCGGUGGUGGCGGCCAGGGCCGCUACAACCGCCAACAGCGCCAGCAGAUGUCAAUGGACAUGAACCUCUCCCAUCCGUAUCUCCUUCCGCCGCAAGCACACAACUCGCGUGAGUCUCUGAACUCACUGGCCAAGACGCUUAACACCAACGAGGACCCGUACCGGCACAUUAAUCAAUACACCGCCAGCGACGUUGGUUCCAUCCGCUCGUUUCACAAAGGACCUGAUGCUGGCUCUAUGUAUCGAGCUGAGAGCCGGGCGGAUCGGUCGGCGCCCACCUCCCCCGGCCCGUAUGGUGCUUCUUCUCGCCAAGAGUCAAUCCCGCUGUCGCCGAUCCUCCCGCCUGAGCCAAGCCACAUGAGGCCAGACCAGUCGAUUCCGGACCCAUCGCCCAUGCCCCCCAGUGCGCCUCCCAAGGGGCCUCUCCCCCCUAUUGGAAUGGCAGUCUCCGCUUCCCCAAGGUUUGAGGAAGCAGAGCUCGCUACCAUUGGCACUGCUAUCCAAGAACCGCCCGCAGUUGCGCAAAAGUCGACAGUGUCGUCGCCUAUUCAGCCAAGCCCGGCUGAUUCAGGGGUGGCUGUUGAACACGACGAUGAUGCCCGUAACCCCUUUGAAAAGCCCCUGGCGCAAGAAGUCGAGACCCCGUCCGAUCCCGCGCCCAUUGGUCUUGGGUUGGACGCCCACGCCCACGCACAGCGGGCCUCGAUCCAAUCCGCCACUUCUUCCUACGACAGUCGAUCCACCAGCCCGGAGCCGCGCAAGGGUCCACACGCCUCCAUGUCGGCGCCGAUCAUUGAAGAGCCUGAGCCGCUUGAUUAUUAUGACUUUGAGUUCACCGAUAUGCCGGCAAUGCCCGAAGAUCGCCGCUCGCCCUCGCCAGCCCACCCUAGCGGUCAGCUGGGAGUGGAGGAGCCAAGGGGCAGGAACAUGCAGAGGACCUCGCAGCUAUUUGAACAGCAGAACAACGUCCGCCAAAGCGGCCUGGGUGUUCCUCAACAGGACAACCGUCGCCUGUCGGUUGGAUUCCGUCCCUUGCCGCCAGAUGAGAUCAUGGAGUCGGAGGAUCCCGAGUACCGCGCCAACCGCAUCCGUUCUUUCUACAAGGAGUACUUUGAGGAUUACACCAAGCCAGAGGACCGACCUCCUGUUCCGCCGAUGCCGCCGAUGCCACAGCAGCAUGCUCAACACCAGCCCCAACACCAGCACCAACACCACCAGAGCAACACGAGCUACUAUGAAGACUACGAUGCCGGCUACGCUCAGGAUGCCCCGUACUUCGACCCUGCUAGCAACUCGUUCGUCAUGCCUUACGCGCAGCCGGUGUCACGCCGGGCCAUGACCCCGCCUCCUUCGGGUCAGAGAUUCCCUGGCCCGAGGGGUCCCCCACGCGGCUCUCACGGGUCUCAAAACGGCCCGAGGUUCCCGCCCAACAUGCGCGGUCCCCCCCGUCCGGGAUCGUCUGUGUCUAACCAGAUUGGCAACCCGUCGCGUCCGGGUUCGUCGGCCUCAGGUGCCUAUGGUCGUGCCCGUGCCGGCUCGGUCAUGUCCGGCAUGCGUGUCGGCUCUGCCAUGUCCAACAGCCGGGCUGGUAGCCGCCUCGGCGGGCCCAAGAAGCCACUCCCUCCUCCGGCCGAUCUCCCCACGCUCCCGACUCCAUCGAAGCUCGGUGACGAUUCCUUUGCCCUCUUCAACGCCGCCGAUUUCGCACCGCCAGAACUGUUCUCCGAGCGUGCCCGCGGCCGAUCCCAGAGCCCAUCUGGAGAACGCCGCCCUUACAGGAUGCCCGCGCCGGCGCACUCGCCACUAGUCAAUUCUUAUGAAGAACUCCCUUCACUGCCCAGCCCUCAUUUGCUCCGCAAAUCCAACACCUUCACCGCCCUCGACUUUGCUCCUCCUCGCAAGUUCACUGAGGGAGACGACCGAAGCGAUGCCGGCUCGAUUCGCAGCAACCGCAGCGGCCUGUCCGCGGCACACGCCAAUGCCAUCCGCGGUGGUGCCGGUCGUAUCAGCAGGCUUCCCGGCGACCAGGUUUUCACGCAAGCCGCCAUGGGCAAGACGCUUAAGCCGCAAUGGGGCAUGCGUGAUUAA